AUGCUGCCUUUGCAGCAGUCUGAUGGCUGGACCCAGCCCAGCAGUGGUGCGCAAGGCGGAGUAGCAGAAGAUGCGGACGUGGACACCUUGAAGCUGCUGUUGGGUGCCCCCACAUCUUCGGGCAAUGUUGCGGACUUGCUGAGUCAGGCAGAUUCCUCCGGCCAGACAGCGCUUCAUCUUGCUGUGAGGGCUCGCCCGAGCGACGAGGUGGUCGCAACAGUAUCAACGCUGCUGCUCUUCAGAGCAGCCUUGGAACAGCCAAAUGCGCGUGGAGAGACGGCAUUACUCUUGGCGGUGAGGACAGCAUUGGCAGCGACUGUUGGGGAUGGCCCUGGGCUGCUGCCAAUGCAGUUGAUCCUAGAGGCGAGGGCUGAGUCAUGUGCAGCUGACAGACAAGGCCGCACAGCCUUGGCAUAUGCAGCGAGUGCUGGCAACCUUUCAAUUUGCCGGAUGCUCUUGGAAUUCCGUGCGAGUCCAUCUCAAGCUAAUUCCUUUGGGGCAACGCCACAAAGCUUGGCGACCAGACAAGGCCAUAUCAAGAUCCUGGAGCUGUUGAAUGAGGCAGCUUCAAGGUCGAGCACAACAGAAGCAAAGGACGAACAAAGAAACCAAAAACAACAUGCAUCGCAUGCAAGGACGUCAGAAAAGGGCGAACCUCACUCAAAAAGCAGAAACGAAGAAGCGAAGGCUGCAGAAAAAGGGGCAGCCCAAAGCCAGCUUCACACGGUUUUGGGACAAAGUGAAGAGCAGAGGAGAGAGAUGAUGAACUUCGAGCAGAAGUGGAGCCGCGCCUCUUUUCAACAAGUCAUGCAAGAGUGCAAGAUGCAGAGAAUCAACACAGAGAAGGCCUCCCUCAAGGAGCUACUGCAAAGGUUGGUUCUGCAUCACGCAUGGGAGAGGAUGUCCGAUGAGCAGCUGAAGCAGAUAUGUUUUUCAAAAGGAGUGCGCUUCCCUAAGUCAACUUUUAGUUCAGCCUAUUCGGUCAACAGAGAGGCCGACAGAUCUGACAUCAUCUUCCGUUUGAAAGAAGCAGUCUUUGGGCUCCGUCCAGGCGAGUUUGGUCCACUGCCUGUGGCACCAGAGGAGGCAGCACGGCCUAGUGGCCCUCCGCAUUCUCAGGCUGCACCAAAGCCACCAGAGGCUGGAAAAGCAGCUGACGACGGCUGGAAGUCGCACGCACGGCACGCACGUAUUCAGCGUCUCCUGGAGGAGUUCCCCAGUUUCAAUGGUCCAGCUCUGGGUCCAGAAGCGGAUCGGUGGAACGAUGCAGAGUUGCGACAUGGCACGCGCAUGCUUGGCAAAGCGUGCCCUUCCGCCACCAUGAAGUUUCUUGGGCUGGCACUUCUGCCAGCCUGGGUCAAUGCAGCAAAAGUCAUGGCUAUGUCUAUGCGAAGAGAGAAGAACCCCUGCCCGAACAAUUUGGAAAACCGUUUCCCCUCAUCACUGGCCACUAGUUACAAUAUCAGCAAGGAGCAGGGCCUUAAUCCCUUGGACGCAAUCUGGGACACGGAGAAGCUUCGCGAAGCGAUGAUCAAAGAUCCAGAGUGGAAGAUCGGCAUGCACUGGGUUCUCAAGGCGACCUUCUAUUCCGACAGCACGGUUGACCGCACCAUCGGUUUUGCUGGGUCAAAGGAUGGCUUUCUCACUAUCAAGGUGCCAGCAGGUGCCCAAGGCUGGGUGAAGGAAGUUGCAGGACCUGUCGGGCAGGCUGCAGACAAACUCGAGUUUCAGUAUCUGGCACCUGGCAAUUGGACAACAGGGCAGGUCUACAUGACGGACAUUUGUCUUACCCCACAGUCAUGUGAUAACUACCAAUGCCCUGCACAUUCCAAGCUGAAGGGCGCGAAUGUCUUUGGCCAUUCAGAGGCUCGGUGUUGCGACAAGCGGCUUUGUCAAGACGAAGGUGUGAAAUGCCCUGAGGGGAAGUACACGCCUCACGAGAACUUCACCAAGGGGAAGCCUGGCUACAAUUUUGAAACAUGUUGCAUCCCAAUCUUCUGCCCUGAGAAUUUGUGCGUCAAUGAGACCAAGUGGGUAGACAAGGGUGAUGUUGGACUCCUUGGCAGUACUCCAGAAGAGUGCUGUGAGGAGAGAUUGUGUGCAACGCACACCUGCCGGGAGCCUGGAAAAUCCAAGAAAUUGGAUAUUUGGGAAUCGCCUGGUGUGGCAAGGAAGGGAAGUACCGAUGCUGAAUGCUGCGAGCCUCUCUUCUGCAAAGACUUCGUUUGUGCACCGAAUGAUACAUACGGUUUGCGCCCAGGCGCCGAGAAUUUGAGGGGCAGCGAUCGUGGAACAUGCUGUGACGUUUUGAAGUGCGACACCUUCAUUUGCCCAAACAACACCAAAUGGAAGCCAAAGCCGGGUGCUUUGGUGGGAAGCACUAAAGAGCAGUGCUGCCAGAAGCUCACAUGUGACAAAUACAAGUGCAGCAAAGACUCUGUUAGGCUACUGGUGAAUCCAGGAAAGCGUCUGGGCAGCACUGACGAGGAAUGUUGUGAGACAAAAAGUUGCAAGGAUUGGAAGUGCAGCGAUCCAACCAAAUGGGUACACAGAGCUGAGCAGAAUGCCAUGACGAAUACAGACCGAAAAGGUUGGUCUGACGAUGAAUGCUGCGACAAGCUGAUUUGUUUGCCUGAGACAUGUGACCCGGCAACCCAAUGGAAGCCGAAACCGAAUGAUGGCACCUUGCAAGGCAGCACUUUUGAGCAGUGCUGUGACCCAAUUUUCUGUGGUGAGUUUGUUUGCGACACAGACCGCAACAAGACAGGCAAGGGCACACAGUGGUACAAGAAGGUGGACACGAAUACCUACAAGUGGCAAGGCAGCACAAAUGAAGAGUGCUGUGUGCCUUUGCACUGCAGUCAGUACACCACUUCCCACGACACCAGAUGGAAGCGCAAGGAGGAUCCAAGCCUUUUGGGCAGCACAGAUGUGGAGUGCUACGAUCCGCGUUUGUGUUCAGAUUAUUGCUGCGCAGGGGAAAGCAAGAUGCUAGUACCCAACGCACACAAGCACCAGGUGAGCACGGAUAAGGAGUGUUGCAUUGAGAAGUCAUGACAAGCCGGAAUUCUUGGCUACAUAGAACGAUGAAUGCAGCGAAUCAAGCGCAAAAUAUGCAAAAGUGGGGUGAGGAAAACGGACUGGCGGGCC